AUGGAGUGCAUACGAGGGCAUCGGUCUUCGCUAUGCAAGCACCACGCGCGACCCUUGUUGCAAGUGAGGUCGAAAGGCAGACCCGGUGGCUAUGCAAACGGCAACCCCAAUCAUCGAGUCGCUGUGUUUGCCCAGGAAAUAGCAUCGCCCGAGGCAUCGGAGUCGGAUUCACCUUCGUCGUCGUUGGCAUCUGCGUCGUCGUCGCAGUUUGCCGCGGCAACUGCGGGAGAGUGCAAGACCCAGCCGAUUGUCAUAUUGAAGGCGUCCUCUAAAAAAGUCAUUGAUCUCAGCAAUGGGAAAAUCGUGGGGCCCUACGACGAGACGAAAGAUAGACAGUGUGUUGUGGACAGGGCCCCGAGGCCGCAACCGGUCAUCAGCGACGAGAGCUUUAUUGUCACCACGCCGUGCCACGGCGGGAAAGUCACCAAGAGGAGCAGCGACGGGUGUUGUUGCAACAAGGCAAAGGAUAUCAACAAGAACAAAAUCUGGGAAACGUACAUUAGAAACAGACUAGAUAAGCGACAAACAGGUGUCAAUACCGCUACCAAUAGUACUGUCACCGCAGAAAUACAGUAUAUCAAGGAGGAGCCAAGUAAAGCAAAACCUGUUGCAAGAACUAGAGCUGGAGCUGGAACUGUUUCUGGAGUUGAAGCUGAAGUGGAAGUGGAAUUGCAAGCAGAAUCCGUGUUUGAAGUUGUUCCCGUGGCCUCGUGCUCCAUCCCUGGGACUUGUUGCUGUGGCAGCGAUUGCUCGUGUGAAGGGUGCAUUGUGCAUGGAAACGCCAAAACAAACAAAAACAUCGAGUAUCAAUACAACCCAAUUGUCGUUAACUUACCCGAGUUCCAGCUGGAGGAAGACUUGAUUUUCAAUAGCAUCACAAGCUACAAUAUCAAUGGUGCACUUUCUCAUCCACCACCAGCACCAGCACCAGCACAAUCACCAGUGUUCCUACCGCAGCACAGGUCACAUUCAUACGAAUCAUCGCCGGGAACUUCUUGCGCGUGCCCGCCAAACGAGUGUGAGUGCUCCAACUGCGAGACCCACGGCAUCAUUGAUGGCCACAAGUUGGACGAGUUUUUCAAUGAUGACCAAAAGUUGAUGAAUGUCUUGACGUCGGAGAUCAACUUUGAUGAAUUGAUACAGGCGCUGUACCAAUCUGAGCCUGUGCAGUGCCAACUACCUAACGUGAAGCGCGAAAUCGAUUUCCCCUGGUCGCUCCAGCAACAGCCCCCACAAUCGCAACAGGUCCUACAACUGCAACCGCAACAAGUGCCAUAUCUUCACCCUCUGUAUCCUCCGCCUCCUCAUUUUCCCCCAGUGGAAAUUUCUCAGGUAGAUUGUCAAAGAAAUGAAAAAAACCUGCUGCUCCGUUAA